AAUGAAGAGGCCGCUGCCGUGCGCUUAUCUCACUCGGCCACAUUGCGGCCUGUGUUCCGCUCCCCAUACUGAGGGAGCGCACUGGAUGCGGCGAGGAAUAACUCAGCUACACACACACACACACACACACACACACACACACACACACACACACACACACACACACUGCUCCACAACUGGCAGAAAAAAAGAAAAACCUCAGACAUGGAUGACCCACUCACAAAAUGGCUCCACUUACACAGUAACAUCAACAACACGGCUGGAACGGACGCAGCGGACUCGAACGAGUGGUGACGGUAUAAAAAUGAUGGAAAAACGGCAGCCGGAGCUUCGUCCUGGAAGUCCCGAUUUAGAGUCCGGUCCUGGAAAGCGGGAGGACUCCUCCAUCAUCUCCAGACUGAAUGGAUGCAAGGAGGAAGAGGAGCCGAGGAGAGAGGAGGGGGAGAGGGAGAGGGGAGGGAGCUUCAAGGGGGUUGAGGAGACGGAUGACGCUCCUCUGCAGAACUCAGGCAACGGGACCAGCAUCAGCAUCAUCAUCAACGGCGUUGCCAAGGAAACUGCCUCUCACAACGCCCUUGACCUGAAAAGGGAAGUGCCGGUGAUCGAGCUCUCCAGGAGGGACGCUAUAAAAGCGCUGGAGCAGAGGACUGAAAGCCAUUUGGUGCCGAUCACGGAACUUCGCAGACCUCCACCGCUGCCGCUGCCGCCGCCGCAACGAGACGACGCUCGAAUGGUCCAACUGAGCCCAAACGCGUUUCCUGUCCCGGCCCGGGCGAUGCUCUACAACCUGGCGCAGCCUCUCGCCGCCAUCAACAGUCUCGGAGGGGAGUCGGAGCAGUACAGCAUGUACCCCAGCAACAGGGUAAAGCGCCGCCCGGCGCCUUAUGAGGUUGAACUCGACGAGGGUAGGCGCAUUUUAGAUCUUUAUAAGUAUGCUGGCCAGCCAAAGAUUGUACGUCGCAUCUUCACUAACAGUCGUGAACGUUGGCGGCAGCAGAACGUAAACGGGGCAUUUGCGGAGCUUCGCAAACUCAUCCCCACUCACCCCCCAGACAAGAAGCUGAGCAAGAAUGAGAUCCUGCGGCUUGCUAUGAAGUACAUCAGCUUCCUCUCCAACCUCCUGGACGACCAGGACGGAGGGAGGAAUGUUGGCAGCACAACUGAUGGGGAAACAGGGCUGCUGGUUGGGGUCGGGGCCCACGAGGGGGGCCCUCAGGGUGGACCACAUCAGGACACAGUGGUAAGCUUGGCCAGGGACGAUCUUCUGGAGACAAUGUCGCCAGGCUCCAGUUGUGGAAGCCUGCCUGAUGGCGAUGCCGAGGGCAGUCCUGAGAGCUUUAUGGAGGACCAGGACUCGCCUCCAGCUCCAAGGACUCUAACAGCUUCACGGGGGCCCCCGCUGCAUCUAGCUGCUAGAGAUCUGAGGCGCAAUGGCCGCCCUAGAGAUGGCUCCAGUCGCCGAUGAUGCUGAUGCCAACAGACCACGGACACAACCCCUGAGACUGAAAGAGAACAAUGAGAGGGACUAAGAUAGAGAUGGAUAUGCUCAGGACCCGUUAGCUUUGAGUCGUCAGUGUAGGAAUGAGAAUCAAUCUCCACGUAGUGAGAUAGUGGAGUACAUUCCUGUCUCCACACUACACCUGAGGCAGCACUGAUGAAUAGCUUGGUUUGAUGGGUGAGCGGUUGAAUUUGAUCCAACAAAAGACUUGUAAAUUCUGCAUGUCUCAUGUCUUUGACUGACCUGCGGAUUAUAACUUUCCGUGGUUUAAAAGUCCAAAGACUGGAUACUCUAAAAUAAUUUAAAAAACACACACACAAAAAAGAAAGAAAGAUCAAGCAAACAAAACAAGACAAAACCAAACAAAAUAUCAAUCAAGAGAAACUUAACAAAGAUGUGUAAUAUUGAAAUUUGGACCAAUGCUUCACUAGCGAUUUCAAUAUGGUGCAUAGGUCCAACGUGCUUGCAGAGUGCUGCAAGUAAAUGGCACUAAAACAUCAAUGAAUAAACCCUGGAGAUUUAUGCCCAUCAAAUUUAAUGUGUUAGAAAAAUGACACAAAAGUAAGUUUGCCUCAUUUGGAGGCCUUAAAUUAACCGACUGGACUCCAUUGUACCCAUGCAGUUACGUAUGUAUUGUAAAUAGCAUUAUAAUUCCACUGCACAAUGUAACAACAGUGACUCGAGUUCAAGUCAUGUGGUUUAAGAUGUACUGUAGUGUGUUUGUCAAUGGGUUUACUAGCAAAAUGAUCUUUUGGGAGACAUGACAUGAGGAAAGAGGAAUGAAGAGACGAGAUGGACUCAAAAUGUAAAGCGAGCAACUGAACGUAGUACAUCAAAUGUGGUACCAUUUACUUCUGUUACACUUUGGUGGUGAGAAAACGACACCAAAUACGGCAACAGACAGUUAAACAAUUUCACUGCCGAGAAUGAAUAUAUCUAUUUGAAAUUUGCUGUGGAGGUACAAGACAUGCAGUGUUUCUUAAAGUGUACAAAACAUAUGAGUCAUAUCAUGAAAUGACUCAUGCAGUCCUUUUGAUAUGAAUGUUUCAGUGUUUUUUUUUAAAACUGUAAUGCAGUUGUAGUUUAGUAAGGUACACAAAUAAAUCCCUUCAUUGCCGCAUUUCACACACACACACACGCACACACACGCACACACACGCACACACACGCACACACACGCACACACACACACACACACACACACACACACACACACACACACACACACACACACACACACACACACACACACACACACACACAGUGUUAAUAUCAUAACAACACCAGCAGUUUUCUGAUUAAUACAGUUACGUAUUGCUCACUUGUGGUUGGUUAUUCUGCUUUUUCAGCAGGACCUAGUAGCCUAUAUUGGUACCUUUGGUAACUAUGGUAUUUUAUGAAUUGCAGUAAAGGGACAUUGUACGUUUGGUAAUGACAUAUUUGUUGUAUGAUAGCUGUAUCUAUAAAUAUAUCCAAUGUUAAAUCAAUGAAUUUUAUACAAAACUCCUGAAUAAAACACACAAAGGAAAAGCCUUGUAUUUGAUCUCACUCAA